AUGAAAGCACAACUUAGUCGCGUCCUUUUGCUGGGACUAUUCAUAUCCACAGGCUUUCUCCACAAAGCCACAGCCACAGCAACAGAAAAAUUAACAACAAUCAAUCCAAAAAAAAGCUUCAAUUCCCACGCACACGCACACGCACACCAAGACACAAAUCCUCACCCCAAACUCCCACGAACCAUCCCAAAAUCCCGACGCAACAAUCUAACAAACUGGACCUACCAAAUCCCCCCCACCCUCGAAAAUGGCACCUCAAAAGCCCACCUAACAAUCCCCACCCCUUCGCAAACCCUAUUCACAAACGCCCUCCUCUCCCUCGAAAGACCGCAAAUAUCAAAAGUAACCCCCACCUCCUUCGACUGGUGGUACUUCGACGCGAUCUCAAGUCUCAACCCCUACGAAAGUCUAACAAUAACUCUCUUCAGCGCCUCAGCAAGUUCAUUCCCAUGGCUCGAUUCGACUGAGUCCUCUGUCCUGAUCGCGUAUUUGUGGGCGACGUUUGCGAAUGGAUCAGUCUUUUCGGAUUAUAUCCCUGCUAGUCUGGCGAGCAUCUCUGGUGGUGAUGAGGGGGGUAAGGCGAGUGAGGGGGUGUGGAGUGAUACGGGUUUUAGGUGGAUGGCUGAUGGGGAGGGGUUUUCGAAUUAUGAAGUUAUUGUUGAGUCUGAGGGGAUGGGUGUUUAUGGGACGUUUAUGUUGGAAUCGGAACUAGCACCCCAUCUACCAUGCGGAAUCCAAUCAGAAACAACAACACUAAAAAUAAUUCCUAACAUCGGCUGGGCAGCCCUAAUCCCCUCCGCGAAAGGAACAGUCAAUCUAAACAUCCAAGGAACACCCCUGACCUUCCAAGGACAAGCCUACCACGACAAAAACUGGUCCAACGAACCCUUCACCUCUAACGUCCAAAGCUGGUACUGGGGCCACGCCGAACUAGAAAGCUACUCAAUAAUCUGGUUCAGCGCCAUAGCCUCAAACAACAAAACAUACAUUAGCAGCUACGUUUCGCAAAAUGGAAUAGUGCUCGUAUCCUCUUGCGAUUCAGAUUCCAAGGCCUCAGUCCGACCAUACAGUACUACCUCUGCAACAGGUACUGGUACUGAUACAGGGGGCCGAUAUCCGCCUAUGGCCGGGGAUGUGCCGGAUGGAUUUUUGAUUGAGCUUUCGACUGGGGAGGAAGUGUUGAAAUUCAAUGUUAGUGUUCUUGCGGAGGUUGCUGGGGAUGGAAGGUAUUAUAUGCGGUGGACUGGGAACAUGAGUGGGAGUCUUGGGGGGAGGGAUCUGGGGAGCAAUGGGGUUGCUCUUUUUGAGCAGUUUGUUCUGGUGGAGUAA